GACAGACCGAGGUAUAAUGUUUCCUCCUGUAAUAUGAGUGUGUCACUGAUUUCAGUGGUGCAUGUGUUAAACCGCCGGCUGUGUGUGAUGGUGCAGCGACACUGAGGACUGUCAGACGAACAUCUGGAGGAAUCUGGAGUGAAGCACAGUGAGCAGAGCGAUUCGACCCGAGGUCUGUCCAUCAGACUCCGGAGCCAGAGAUGCAUCAGGGACGCCUGCGGCUGCGGCCGUGGCUGGAGGAGCAGAUCGACUCCGGCAGAUACCCUGGAGUCAUGUGGCUCGACCAGUCUGCCAGAGUUUUCCAGAUUCCCUGGAAGCAUGCAGCGCGGCACGGCUGGAAUAUCGAGAAGGACGCCACUCUGUUCAGAAACUGGGCGAUCCACACAGGGCGAUACAAACCCGGCACAGACAAACCCGAUCCCAAGACGUGGAAAGCAAACUUCCGAUGUGCGCUCAACUCCCUGACAGACGUCAAAGAGCUUCAGGACAAGAGCAUCAAGAAAGGCCACAACGCUUUCAGAGUUUAUAUUCUCCUUCCACACAGCAAAACAGUCAAAAGGCGCAAAGCUUUAAGGUGUUUGGAUACCGACAGUAAAGCAGCAACACCUCCACAAACACAAAGGAACAUACCUCUGGAGAGAUUCACAGAGGCCUUCUGGAAGCUGACAGAUGACCGAGGCAGUGCCACGGCUGAAGCCAAGUGUGUCGAGGAGGAGAGACCGAUCAUCACCUACUCACAGGGACUGCAGCUGAACAAGACAGACGAGCACGAGCAAACAGAAGCUGUGCUGAAGAUCGUGGAUCACCUGAAGAACCUGGAGCACUGGAGUCCCUCGUACGAGAGCGAUAGGGGCUGGAGGCCAAACUCCAUGUGGAUGGGAUGCAUGUGCGAGACGAUGGAGUUUUCCGGUUACUCCUUCCAGACUGACUGUAACAUUCACAAUACCUCAUCGGGCCAAUACAACUAGACCGACUGAGCGAGCACGGUCAUACUACUGCAUUUGUAUUUUUUAUUUUUUUGCAGUGCAACUGAAGGAAAAGCAUAGUAAUUAAUCGACAUGUUAAUGACUGGACAGUGAAACCCUGCCUGAAUGAUUUUGAGUUGUAAUAAAUUAUGAUAAAUUAUGCAAAAUGUUUCUUGGUCACUAAUACCAGUGGCAUAAGUUAUCCAAAGAAGACAUCAGCUAUUUUUAUUUGUUAGCCAAAUCUUUCAAUAAAUCUUGAGUUUAUGCUUUGGAUUAAACUGUGUGUCGCCUUCAUUCUCAAACGACUCGAUUCUGACUCAGUCGGGAGAUUUUAAUCACGUUACUGCAUAAUUUCAUUUCUUUCAAAUAGUGCUGUCAAACGAUUAAUCGCAUCCAAAAUAAAAGUUUUUGUUCACAUAAUACAUCUGUGCGUACUGUGUUUAUGUAUAAAUACACACAUACAGCAUAUAUUUUGAAAAGAUUUACGUUUAUUUAUAUUCAUAUAAAUUAUAUCAUAUAUAAAUUUAUUAUAUAACGUAAAUUACAUACAUACAUGCAUGUGUG